AUGUCGUCUUUGACGAGACCAUCCCCUACUACUCUACUCCUCCACCUGACCCUCUCCCUCCCCCUUCCCGGCCCCUCGCCUGGGCCGACACUGUCCUUCCUCCCCUCCUCCCUCCUGCACCACUCCUGCCACCUCUCCCUGCUCCACUCCCUCCUCCCUCAUCUGCUGACAUCUACGAUCCUGCUGCACCUGCCAGCAGCAGCAGCAGCAGCCGCAACCGUAGCAGCAGCAGCAGCAGCAGCAGCAGCAGCAGCAGCACCAGCAGUAGCAGCAGUAGCCGCAGCAGCUGCAGCAGCCGCAGCAGCAGCAGGGGCAGCAGCAGGGGCGGCAACAGGGGCAGCAGCAGCAGCCGCAGCAGCAGCAGCAGGGGUAGCAGCAGGGGCAGCAGCAGGGGCAGCAGCAGGGGCAGCAGCAGGGGCAGCAGCAGGGGCAGCAGCAGCAGGGGCAGCAGCGGGGAGAGCAGCAGGGGCAACAGCAGGGGCAGCUGCAGGGGCAGCAGAAGGGGCAGCAGCAACGGGAGGAGUAGCAACAACAGCAGCAGCAGGCGCUCUAUCAGCACCAGCAUCAACAGCAGCGGAGAGCAACUGCUCGCUCCUCACCUUUCCUCCUCCCCCUCAUGCAUACCUGCUCUCUUGA